GUAGCUCCGCCGCAUUCGUACCUACCACGUCCGUCAAACAAUUUCAUACAUUCAUUUUUAUUUCCUCCCUCCCCCCCUCUCUCUCUCUCUCCGUGUCUGUGUUCGGCCUGGCUGCUAGCUUAGUGUUGUACGCACGCCCGUUCGGACAGACACAGGUCUCGUCCGUGACGUUGUUGUCAUUAAACGUCGGAGAGGGAGAAAGCUUACAGGUAGAGCCCGUGUAAGUCGCGACCGUAGUAUGCUGGCUGAAGCUCGAAGAGUACUACCUUUUCCGGUGGAUGGCUAAUUGCUGGUGGGAAGAAAGGGCAGAAAAGGAAGGCUUUUCGAGUGUGCUUCUCGCGUGCUCACUUCGCUGUCCGGACUUGAAGAGGAGGAUAUACCUUGGUGUGGAUUGUGUUUCAUCGGACAGAAAAAUUUCUUACUUUUCUGCUUUUUCUUUCUCAUCAGAGUGGAGAUUAUUAUUCGGAUCGGUGUACGUUGUAUAGGUAUACGAUGAUUUUAUCAACGGAUCGGUGAACGUUCGUCCACACAGAGACGUAUUUUGUGUAUUGUGACGGAAUAUAGCUGGAUGAGUUUUCGAACCUUGUGAACAGACACUGGUAUUUUGUGGGUGUUGAAGUGAUCGCUGACGAGACCAGGAGUGAAUUUCGACGAAUCGUGAAAUUUUAUUGCAGAUCUCUGAUUACAAAAUGGGUUGUUUUGGGAGCAAAGACAAAUUAAGCAAAGAGGACAUGGAUUUCCUAAAAUCACACACAAGAUAUGAUGAAGCGACUAUAAAGGAAUGGUACAAAGGCUUUAAACAAGACUGCCCGAACGGUAGGUUAACCCCGGCGAAAUUCGUCGACAUGUACAAAAUGUUCUUCCCCUCUGGCAACGCGGAGGAAUUCUGUGAUCACGUCUUCCGUACAUUCGACAUGGACAAGAAUGGCUACAUCGAUUUCAAGGAAUUCCUAUUGGCUAUCGAUGUUACAUCCAGCGGAACGCCGGAGGAAAAGUUGAAAUGGGCAUUCCGCAUGUACGAUGUUGAUGGGAAUGGUGUGAUCGACAUCCAGGAAAUGACCAAAAUUGUGCAGGCAAUAUACGAUAUGCUGGGCGCGUGUUCAAGCAACAGACCGGCAGACAGUGCGGAGGAAAGAGCGAAGAACAUAUUCGCAAAAAUGGACGAGAAUAACGAUGGUCAGUUGACUCAAGAUGAAUUUCUGAAGGGUUGCCUUCAAGACGAAGAGCUGUCUAAAAUGCUGGCCCCCUAAUUCGUACACCUUCAUUCGGGACCACCUUAUUAAAAGAGAUACCAUACUAAACGGGCAACAUCGGACAAACAUACACGUUUUCUUAUCAUACCACAUGCAGCCAAUGCGACUCGAAGAACGUUCGCUUGGCGAGCAUAAACUCGAACCAAAUCGUCGAAUCGUUCGAUUAACGACAAAUACAAACGAAGAUGAUACGAAGAGGGAAAAGAAGCUUCCACAGUGUCAGCCUUAAACAUCCUCCAACGGAGAAUGAUAGCUUCAUCGAGGAAGACGCAUCGAGUUUACGACUCACCUUAAUUGUAAAUUGUCGAGUAAUAGUGGAACUUUAACGGAUGUUUCGUGAUCAAAAAUGGUAAGGCAAACGCAUUUCCUUUUGAUAUUGGAACAACGAGGGCGAAAGUGAUGAUGGGUGACGUUCAGCGAGUGACAUCAGGGUGACACAACGAAUACUGUUGAAAUGCUGUUUUGCUACUACGAUAAAUAUGGACGUAAAAGUGAUCGAUUGAACUGUUAACUCUUUCGUUGCACCACUAUAAGUCUGUUAGAAAUUGUUAUCGUUGUGUCUUACGCUUCUGUAUGCAUUCAUUUAACCCGUUUGCAUCGUUUUCAGGGUAAGAAAGUAUCUGAUUGUUUUUUUUCUUUCAACCAUUUCCUUUGCUCCUGAUAGACUAAUGUGUAUAAUAAAUAAGUGAACGUAGGUGAACGGAGCUUUUCUCAAAGCUUCAAACGUUCUAACCUGAUGGCGUCUUAAGAUGUCAAGCUCGUCCUUCUGACGUCAUAAGAUGUUGAAUUAAAAUUUUCCUUGAAUUGGUCCAAAUGUUUUAGAAACACAAAGAGGACGUUAAAUAUGGACAUCUUGUCUCUUUGUGUAACCAUAAGGACUCGAGGGUCCUUUAUGCAGCGUUCUCUUUCUAUGAGCAUUCCAUUCUAUAGAUUCGAAUACUAGACUUUGGAAUAAUAGUAAAAUGAUAAUUGUCUAUUGGAGUAGCACAAGAAUUGAAAUUAUUAUUAUUGAUUGAAAUUUUUAUUGAAUAUAGUAUAUUAAUGGUAAUACUAUGGAAUAAUAGAAGAAUUCUAUGGAAUGUUUUAAAAUGGUCUAUCCACUAGUUGCAGGCUAUUUCUAUCCUAACUCUACCACAGAAAUGAUUUUAAAAUCACUAUACUCCUUGGAAUUUGUUAGUUUCAAAUUUCUACCAAAAUCUGCUUCCGAUGCAAAAGGGUUAACGUUCAUAUUCGUUCAAAUACACCGUCAAACAGUUUCCAUGAAGAAAAAAAAAAAAGGAAAAAAGAAAACUAAAAUCACUUGCGCGUGCGUCUUUGAUUUUUCUCAACGAUGCACGUGCAAGGUCCUUUUAUACGUACUGCACAAUGUUACGAUUACUAUAAUGAAUAUAUAAUAUAUGUCAUGUAAUAUAUAGUCGAGUAUAUUACUUGUCAUAUUAAUACGUGUUUAGCAAAAUUCUGUGUAAUAUGUAUAUCACGUGAAACAUUAUAUUACGUAUGAUCAAUAUUUAUACUAUUACGUGUAUAGGGCAUACAGCAAUGUGUUUUUGCGAAAAUAACAAAAUGGUACGUAUUUGACCCCUACAAGGGAAAAUCUAUACGAUGUAUGGUGUCGGAGAAAUUUUAUUAAUUAACACGUUCGAUGCCGAAUCCUUAGAAACGAGUUGCUCGCUGUGUGCCGUCGCAUUGAAACCUGACGGACUGGGCACGCGAUAUCGCGUGAGGAGCAUCGAACGCGUUAACGCAGGUAGCUGCUAAUAAAUUAGUAGCUUAUGAAAAUUUCUUUGUUUCAUAUAUUCGCUACUUUUCUUUAUCACUUGUCGGGGAUUUCAGAUAUUCAAAUUAAAUUUCAUUUUAUUUAAGUGGAAAUCCGCUUUUAAAGAAGUUUUAUAGAUAGCAACGAUGUUGUCUCUUCGAAGCUACGUACAGGUGCCACGUAGGUCACGGAUGACCCACCUCGUUAAUCAGAGGCACAAUUUUAACGCGCUGACUGCCGCAGUAGAUACAGCUAUACCUAGUACGGCACACGGUAAUAGGUACUGCUAAGAGUAUUAAAAAUUCAUUUUUUUAAUUAGUCUAAUUUGAAACAUUCAGUUUCAAGGGAAUCAAAAAUGUAAAUAUAUAUAGAGUCAUUAAUGAUUCUGCGUGUAAAGAUCAAGCAGGUAUCUUAUUUUUUAUUCAGAGUUUAUUAAUUUUCUUCUUAUACUUUGGGUCGUGAUUUUUCUCGAAAUAGGCAAAAAAUAAAAAAUAGUGAAUUCAUUUUUUUUUUUUUUCUAAUUAUAAUUCAAUCAAUAAUAGACGGAUAUUAACUAGGAAUAAUAUUCGACCAAUUUGCGCGGUUACGAUUAGGUCAAUGUAUUUAGGCAAACAAUUUGUCCUCUCGUGCAAGGAUCGUUGAUAACGUACUUUAGAAUUCUAUGAAUUUAUAAAUCAUCGAUAGAGAGUGUCUACUUAUUAGGACUUGGUCGAAAAAGAUUUACAAUCUAGAUACCUAUUGCUACUAAUCUGCAAAAAAAGAAAAAAAAUAACAUCCGUGCAAUUGAAGUAUAUAAAUUACGUAUUAGAUUAAGUACAUAUCAUUGCCUGUUCGUGAAACGAAAUUUUUCGCUUCGCGUUCUCGCACUGCGUAAACCUGCUUCAGAUCCAUACCACAAUUUCAGUCAAUUUUAAACAACCUGUCGUUUCGUCGUGCACGUAUACUUCACGUGCACGACACAUCUCUAUACGUAACGCCACAGUUGCACCGAACGAUGCACUUUCGUAGGAUGCACCAACACUGCCUAGGAAGCUGCAUGCAGCUGCAUAACUGACAUUGCAGCUGGGGAUAUUACGCGAUGCCACAGCUGUAUACAUUACUUAUAUGCAUAAUUUACCCUGGCUGUAAUCUCACUUAUAGUAUGCACAUGCAACCUGCUAGCAAAAAGUCUCACGAAAACGCAUCGCUGCUCGAACCUCCAUUAUUCGAAUUUAAAAAAAAAAAAAGAAACACGACAGAAUUUAAAUAGGAAAAUUUUUGGGAUAAUGGAACGUACCUAUGCUUAUUUUCAAUUUAUUUAUUUUUAUACAGGAUGUCCUAAACGAUAUAGUCUAGUACAGAAUAAUGUUAGGUGAAUAACAAAAGAGAAAAAGUGAAUCCUGGGAUGAUGAAUAUUUGGAUAAUGGAGGUUCUACUGUAUUAAAUAUAUUAUACGGAAAUAUGUAUAUAGUAUUGAACACGGUGUAUAGAAGAAACACCUAUACUAAUUUGCUACAGAUUAGAGAUUCGAAGAUGUUUAUUGGUUUAACCCUUUGCGGUCCUAUAUUAAUCCACUGAUGACCUACCAACGUUUGAGGGUACUGGUAUGCCAUUUUGAGAUAUAGCUGUAUGGCAAAUGAAGGAGUCCUCAAAAUUAAUAUAGUUUCAAAAAAUAUUGGUGAUAAAAUAAAUUUUCCCUAGGAAAGUCCACUGCAUAUUCGAGUCCCAAUUGACCCAUCAGUGUCAACGUGUAUCGUCUGCGGGCCUAAGCCAAUCUUAAUCUAACUUAAUCCUUCGCGUUCAGAACCAGAACCUAACUUAACCGGUUUACGCGCAGCAGGGUUGUCAGUGGGUUAAGAAUAUUUUAAUAGCAUAAUUAAUAUACAAUUUUGCUUUCAUUCAACUAUACUAUCUACUUAGAAAAAAGAAAAAACCCUAAAAUGACCACAAUCCAAACGACACUAUUCAGACUGAAUGGAAAAUGGGAAAACUAAACUGUACCGCAAAGUGUUAAGGAUAUUAGACACGGUGUUAGUUUUCUAGAAAAUCUUGACGUGUGUGUCAGAAAAACGUGAUGUUCUACUGCGCUGUUCCUUCUUUAUUUCACGAGCCACCGGUAGCCAAAAUAUGCAAGUAAAAAAAAUAAAAAAUAAAAAAAAAAAAUACAUAAAUAUAGUUCGUACAUACGUACUAUCCACAAUUCUGAUCAGUCAUUUUGCUAACCAAUAGUCUGUUCGUAAUCUUUCGCUUGAUUUCCGGCGUGCUGGAUCCAAUAAUGCAGAACAGAACAUCGCAAUUCUUCUCAAACCCGAAAGUGCAGCAUUGACAAUCGAAAUAAUAAGUUUCCUUAUCGAACGAGUCAGUGAACAUAGGUGAACAGAGUUUUAUAAAGCUUAACGCGUUCAGGUCAGAAGGCAUCGUGAGAUGGAAAGUUGGCCUGGCGUCCGAAUGACAUCAUAAGAUGUCAAACUGACACCGCGUCCCGGUGGCAUCAUAAGAUGUCACGUUUAAUUUACAGAAAUUUUUCUCAUCCAGUUUUGUCCAGGACACCGAAGGAAAUUAUUUUUCUCCUGGCCUGAACGUGUUAAGAACGAACCUAAAGUGCAUUAUAUAGAAACAAAGAUCUCCAUCUUUGAACUUCAUGCAAUAUUGAAGGAACAAUUAAUUUUAUUGACAAAACUAUUAAAUUCCAUGAAUUACCAAAAAAAUUUGGUUCUAGUUUUUUAUUUUAUUUUUUUAUUUUUUUUAUUUUAACUACUUUUAAUUUCAGUAACGUGGGUGGAUUAUAUUUUCCUGAAUAUUUUUAAAGCAAUAACCUCAUUAACGUUUCACGAAGGAAAUUAAAAAGUAAAAAAGAUCUUUUUAACGCUAUACAAAGACCUAUUGAUCUCUCGGUCUCUGAUGAAGUUGCACGUGACGUUAAAAUUUUAAAAGGAUCAUUUCAUCAUUUCUAUGAACUUCGUUUAGUUUUUAACAAGAUUUUACUUAACGCUUGAAAGCUUUGAAAAAAGAAAUUUUAAAUGAUAUACUACGGUGUGAAUUUUAAAUUGCAACAAUUUCGUGAUAAAAAUGUAUGGAAUAAAUGCAAGGUACCAAUUGAAGAAAUGUUCAGUUACUUCGUAGUGAGAAACAAUGCAAAAACACUGUCAAUUCAAUUAAAAAAGAUUUUAAAAGGAACACGAUACAUUGAACAAGGAGAAUUAUGGUUACGAUGCGAACAAGAAACUGAAUUAUUCUACGCUAUACUUGCAGUCUAUGCUAUUUUAUAUUUUUCUACGCCUUCAAUUUUGUCUUCCCAAUAUAUCCUAUUCCACUUCCACUUUAUUAACACAUUCCAGAUCGGUGAAAUGUCUAUGACGCAGCAGGUGCGUCUUGUGAAGAAAUUAACGUUAUCGGUCAGCAAUUAAAAAAUUAUCAAAAUGAUAACAGGGGAACAGAAAGACCUCGAAUGUGUUGAAAGUGUACAAUACCGAUCAUGGUGGGCUUUUAGAGAUAUAAUGGCGAAUGAAUAAUUUAAAUUUUAAGGCUUUCAUAAUUUUAAAAUUCCAAAAUUCUGAUCAAAAUAUUUCAGAAUAUUAUAUUUUAAAUUUUGAAGGAUCUUGAAAUUUAGAUUUCAAAAUUCAAAUUUUAAAGUUUCGAUGUUCAAAAAUCUAGAUUUUUUAAUUUCAAAAGGUUUUCGACUCUCCAUAUCGUUAUUUUUCCUAAGAAACCUUCCAUGCUCGACACUGUACACACUGUUUCCUUCCAUUUCCCCAACUCCUCCUUUCUACAAUACUUCUUACUUAUAGAUUGCAGCUGUAAAAUCUUGCAAUUUGUAAUACCAAAAAUGAAACUCGUUUUAUUUAUUCUUCUUUCAUUAUCAAGCCUGCUGUUCAAUAAUUCUUAACUUAUUCGAAAGAUUUCGAACGAAGACUUAAGGUCGCAUCGUUUAACACUGUUUCAUAAGUUCGACCAAUUUAUUGAACAUUUCUUGCAUCGAUCGCUUAUUCCAAAUAUUAGCUUUCAAACUAUUCAAAACUACCAGUAAUCUAAAAAAAUAGAAACUAUCCGUUUCUUUUUGAUAUUGCUAGAAACUUUUUAGAGUUAGAAUAUACAUGUUUAAAAAGAAAAUGAAAAAAAAAAAAAUAAAAGAUAAAAAGAAUGGUAUACUACUUUGUAUAAGCAUGUAAUCUAUUCAUCUAUCCUUUAAAGGAAAUGAAAAAUUUUUCCAUGGUCUCUAGUCAAUUCAACGCGCAACAGAAUUUCCAUGAACCUAUUUAAAAGGUAUCCUCGCACUUUCAUUAACCAUCGAACGAUGGAUAGCGGGAUAAUCUUUCCCGAUCUCGUCCGAAGUUCUGAUUCUCCAUCUGUAUAGUUCUAUCUAAUAAUAUUAUGUAUAGCGCAAAACAGCAUACUAAAUAAAUAAGAUAAUAAUGGCAAGGAUAUAAA